UCGGCCAUGACCUUUUUGAGGGCAUUGUUUCUACAGAUUUGGCAUUGUACCUCAACCACCUUGUUUUAAAAGAAAAAGAGUUUACUUACAUUGAACUGAAUCGGCGCAUUAACCAGUUUAAAUAUCUUGGCAAUGAUGCCAACAACAAACCUUGUGAGGUGAACCCAGGGGCUGGAAAACUCUCUGGACAUGCAGUUCAAAAUUGGUGUUUCUUGAGAAUGUUGCCAUUAUUAAUUGGUGAGAAAAUAAAAAGCCCUGGAGAGAGUGAGGUGUGGCAGCUUAUUUUACAGCUGAGAGAGAUCGUGGAGCUGGUAUGUGCUCAAACCAUUUCCACAGGCCAGGUAGCAUAUUUAAGAGUCCUGAUAGAUGAGUAUUUGUACAUCAGAAAGCAGACUUUUGCGGAUCAUCCACUCAAACCUAAACAUCACUACCUAAAUCAUUAUCCAGAACUCAUUAUUCAAUUUGGGCCACUCAUCCGUCAAUGGACACUGAGAUUUGAAAGUAAGCACACUUAUUUCAAACAGUGUGCAAGAAGGCUGCACAAUUUCAAAAACCUCUGUGGAACCCUUGCUGAAAGACAUCAGCUUUUGCAGUCGUUUCUAAGUGCUGGAACACUGUUUCCACCAUCUGUUGUGGUAGAGAAGGGAACUCAAUUUAUUGUGGGAGACUACAAUGAUAAGAUCAGACAGUCAGUUGCUCAUCUUAAUUUUGAUCAUCUAAAUACCCUCAUUAGUCAUGAUGUGACAGUAAAAGGGACAAAAUAUAAGAGCAACAUGUUUGUUGUUGUAGGUCAUAAUGAUCAUGGCCUUGUAGUGGGAAAAAUCAAAAAGGCUGUCAUUCAUAAGAAUUCAGCCGUGUACUUCAUCACUGAGGCAUAUCAGGCUGUUCGUCAACCAGAGAUUAAUGCUUACCACAUUUCACCAAUGCAGGAAGCCUACUACUGUGUCAGUCAAGCAGAGCUCCUUGAUCACUACCCACUGCCUGAAUAUUCAGUUUGGGGUAUGUCUUUGCUAACUCUUCAUCAUUCUGUCCCAACAUUUUAGAUUCAUGUCGUCCAUUGGUGAUGAAAUAAAGGUCAUCAUCCUCAAGACUUUGCCCAAUUUGUCUGAGGAUACUCAAAAACAGAUCAUCACAGCACUUGAAAUUUCGGGUGUGGAAUCAACAGAGGACCUCAAAUAUGUGCAGCAGGACGAACUCAGAGAUCUCGUGCCUGUUAUCCAGCAACGGAAACUUCUGGAGGCAUUCAAAAUGGAAUCUACUACAGUCACACUUGAUCUACAAAUCUUGCCAGAUGAUGCAACACAUACAAGUCUGACUUCGCUCUCUAGUCCAUUGCCUUGCUCUUCAUCUUCACUGUCCAGCAUGUCAUCCCUGUCAAGCUCCUCAGAACCAUCAACACCAUGUACUUCGCACAGCCUAAGAUCAGCCAACAUAUCCAGUAAGUGGUAUGAAACCUUUGAAGUCCCAUGGGAUAGAAUGCCAGAGGAAGUGCAGUCAGCCAUUGCCAACAGCAAGAGACCUGCUCCUGACAAGCGACGCCAGAUGAUACGAAUUCUUGUUGAUGAAAUGAGAAGGUAUGAGGUUAACCCCACACGCAGCGAAAGUCUUGUCAUCUGCCGAAACAUUGUCAAGCAGUACCCCAGUAGUUUUGCUGAUAUGACAACAGGAGGUGUCAUCAUUGCUGGUGGUUUUACGUCACUCCUUUCUCAAGUGAAAACGCGAAUUGAGAACAUAAACCGUGCAGGGACAUUGAAACGACACCGAACAUCAAGACAGUCUGGACAACUGCAGAGGCCAACUGAUUCUUACGGAUGCACACAAUUUCAGCCGGACCCUCCACCUGAAGAAACCAAUGAGACAGUGGAGCAGAAGCGGCAACAAUUGGUGAACAUCUACAGGCAGGAAGGUAUUCAAGGUAGUCAGAGGGCAGAAGUGAUAAACCUCAUGAAAACAACAUUCUGUCUUCAGCGUAACCACAUCAAUCAGACUCCAGCACCUUCCAUUGAAGAUUUAAGAAUCCAGUGGCCAUACCUUUUUACCCCAAGGGGUCUCUACUGUCACUUUGAGUUACUUACUGACACCAGCAUUCUGCGUGCCUUGGAGCUAUCCAUUGAAGAAUGUGGACAAGGAAUAGAGAAGUAUUUAAGGACAAAACUGAAGAACAAAGAUGUACAGUCUGAAGAUGGGGAAUUGACUCUUUGCAUCAUCCAGUUACUGAUGGCCUACUUUGAUGAGAGAACAGAGGGACUGAUACUCUUAACUGAUAUGUCUUCCACAGCAGCCGAUGUUGAGCGCACACUGACCCUCCCAACCAGUCCACGACUGAUUCUAAUGGUUGCUGGUGAUGGAGUCACAUUGGGACAUUGGAUGAUCAGCAUCGAAAGCCAGGUCAUCUGUGAAGGCAUCCAAAAAACCUUCAUCUCAGGGCUUGCUGCAGUUUUCGCUACGUACUAUGUGUUCAACCUGCAAUACCAAGAAGAAGCUGCAAGGACACUGGAGUUCGUUCAAAGGCGCCUCAUUGGAAUUAAUCCUGAGAGGGGACGAAAGACCAGCCAGGGGAAGGUGGUGUCAAAGAAGACGGGGAAGCUGGUCCACAAAAAGGCAACAACGGUGAAUCCCCAUGUGGCCACUCUACUAAAAAAUUUGAUGGACUUUGAGUGGGGCUUUAUUUAGCCAGUAUAGUUCAGUCCAUCUGUCUCAGAUGUCCAGGUUUAUUUUUGGACCCACCAUUGUUGAGAGCCUGUUUAAUAUGUUUAAAUGUUAUUGUUAAUGGAAUGUGUGUAAUUAAGUUAGCUUUUACUUCGUUUUCUUAGCUGCUAUGCAUUUGAUGCAGUGACUUUAACCCAACUGUUGACUUUGGGUGAAGGGAAGGAGGAGGAAGGAAAAAAACUAGCAAUAAGGUUAAAUGAAGUUGAAUUGGCUGAUAAAUUUGUACUCUAUGCUUUGCCAACCAGUCAAACCAGACCUGGUCAAUUUUGAUCCAGGGAGGACAAAGUUUAAUGAAUGUAAUGUUAGCCAUCAACUGUCAUAGUUCAAUGUUUUUAUGG